AUGACUCUCUAUUACAGCCUUGUGUUUCUUCUCUUGGUGUUUGAGAUGGGAGUAUUCCUUGCCCUCAUCGUGCCUCUCCCAUACACUAUCAAGCGCAAACUGUUUGCAUUUAUCUCCGAAAGUCCCAUCAUCGCCAAAUUACAAUAUGGGUUGAAGAUUACCUUUAUUUUCAUUUUGAUUCUGUUCAUUGACAGUGUCAACCGGGUCUACCGGGUCCAGCAGGAGCUGGCGGCCUUCUCCAAGGAAGGCUCCGCAUUGGGAGCUGCCCACCUUGGCACCGACCGCAUGGAGGUGCAAGCCCGCAAGUUCUACUCCCAGCGUAAUAUGUACCUCUGCGGCUUCACUCUUUUCCUCUCCCUGAUUCUCAACCGCACCUACAUCAUGAUCCUCGAGGUCCUCCGUCUUGAGGACCGCGUGAAGCUGCUCGAGGGUGACAAGAAAGCUGGCGGCAAGGACUCAGCCCGCGUUGCUGAGGCUGGUUCGGUUGGCGAGAUCGGCGCUUUGAAGAAGGAGAUCGAGGCUAAGAACCGCGACAUUGAAACCCUUAAGAAGCAGUGUGAGGGCCUGACCCGCGAGUACCACAAGCUUGGCGACGAGGUUUCUUCUGGCAAGGGUGAUAAGACCGAGAAGAAGGACAUGUAA